AGACUUGUUGGUAUUAGUAUUGAUAUGACAGAAUGAAUGAAGAAAAGUAUUUUUUUUCCUUUUUUCCUUAAAAGAGAUUUGAAUGAAAAAUCCCAUAAAAAGAUAUUUUUAAAAUCCUGAAAACCCAAAGGGAGAUCUCAUUGCUAUUUAUAGUCUCAAAAACAGAGGUUACUAGCCAUACCAUCAUCCUACUAAUUUCUGCACUUAUGGAGAAAGCCUUCGCAUUUUUUCUUUUAACUCUGUUGUUGCUUCAUUGUGUUAUGGCUAGUUCAGCCAUGACUCAUACCAACAUUACCACUGAUCAAUUAGCUCUUCUUACAUUAAAAUCCAAAAUUAGUUCCGACCCUUCUCACAUCUUGGAUGAAAGCUGGUCUCCAACAACUUUUGUUUGCCAUUGGGUCAGAGUCACUUGUGACUCUCGCCACCAGAGAGUGAAGUCCUUGAAUCUUUCCAACAUGGCUCUUAUAGGAACAAUUCCCCAUAAUUUUGGAAAUCUCUCAUUUCUUGUUUCUCUUGACUUGGGAAGCAACAAUUUCUAUGGCAAUUUGCCUCAAGAAAUGGCACACUUGCAUCGGCUUAAGUUUCUUGAUUUAAGUUUCAACAGCUUCAGAGGGGAGGUUCCUUCCUGGUUUGGGUUUUUACACCAACUUCAAGUUCUAAAUCUUGGAAAUAAUAGUUUCACUGGUUCCAUCCCUUCUUCAUUUUCUAAUAUUUCCACACUUGAGACUUUGAAUCUGAAAUUCAAUUCCAUAGAGGGUCAAAUCCCAAAAGUGAUUGGAAGUCUUACAAACCUUAGAAAAUUAAUCUUGCCGGGUAACAAGCUCAUAGGCGCUAUUCCUCUGUCACUCUGGAAUGCCUCAAGGUUGGAGGGUUUAGAAAUAUCUUACAAUUUACUUCAAGGGAACAUUCCAGAAGGAAUUGGCAAUCUACACAACAUGAAGGCGUUGUCCAUACAACAUAAUCAACUUACGGGUUCUAUACCAUUCACAAUUUUCAAUAUUUCUAGAAUCGAACACAUUGCAUUUUUCAACAACAGUUUAUCAGGAAAUCUUCCCAAUGAUUUAUGCAAUCGUCUCCCAAUACUCAAAAGGCUUUAUCUAGGCUUUAACAAGCUUCAUGGUCAUAUGCCUACAAGCUUGUCAAAUUGUUCGGAACUUCAAAUAUUGGAUUUAUCAGAAAAUGAGUUUGAUGGACCAAUACAUAGUGAAAUUGGAAGUUUAACUAAUCUGCAGGAAUUGACUCUCGGAUCUAACCAUUUCGCUGGUGAAAUACGCAAAGAGAUAAGCAAUCUCGUGGAGUUGGAGAUCCUUGAUCUUGGGUUUAAUAGCUUUAGUGGUUCACUUGCAAUAGAGAUCUUCAACAUAUCAAGGCUGAUAGAGGUUUAUCUUCCAAGCAACAAUCUUGUUGGGACUAUACCUCAUUCAAUCUCCAAUUGUUCAAAGCUUACUCGUUUAGAUCUUUCAAACAACAAACUCACAGGCUUGAUUCCAAGUGAGCUUGGAUAUUUGACUCAUCUACAGAUCCUAAACUUGGAGGUGAACAAUUUAACCAGUGAUUCAUCGUUAAGCUUUUUGACUUCUUUAACAAACUGCAGAGACUUAAAAGAACUUGGUCUAAGUGGCAACCCUCUAAAUGGUAUGCUUCCCGUCUCCAUAGGGAACUUCUCCACUUCUCUUAUAAAGUUUUAUGCCUAUACUUGCAAAAUCAACGGCCAAAUUCCAAAUGAAGUUGGGAACUUAAGAAGCUUAUUAAUCCUUGAUAUUUCUGGAAACAACUUGGUUGGAUCAAUUCCCACAUCAAUUGGCAACUUGAGAAAUCUUCAGAUCUUGAACUUGUAUGAAAACACUCUUACAGGAUUUAUUGGAGAUGGUCUAUGUAAAUUGCAGAGAUUGGGUAACAUUUACUUCGGUCAAAAUCAACUUUCAGGAUCUCUUCCAAAUUGUUUAGGGAACAUUACUUCCCUUAGAGAGAUAUAUCUGGGUUCCAAUAAAUUAAGUUCCAAUAUACCAGCAAGCAUAGGGAAGCUUAAGGAUCUUGUGGUUCUUGACUUAUCGUCAAACAACAUGGGUGGCUCUUUGCCUGCAGAAAUUGGAAAUCUAAAGGUUGCGGUAUACAUGGAUCUGUCAAUGAAUCAAUUCUCAAAUGGAAUUCCUAGAGAAAUUGGAGGAUUACAAAAUUUGCAGAAACUUUCUUUGAGACACAACAAGUUGCAAGGAUCUAUACCUGACUCUAUGAGCAACAUGAUAGGUUUGGAAUUCUUAGACGUUUCUCAUAACAAUAUAACGGGAAUCAUUCCCAAAUCCCUGGAGAAACUUCAAAAUCUCAAGUAUUUCAAUGUUUCUAUCAACAAAUUGUAUGGUGAAAUACCCUCAGGAGGUCCUUUCAAGAACCUCUCGAGUCAGUUUUUCAUCUACAAUGAAGCAUUGUGUGGUUCUUCAAGAUUUAGUGUCCCGCCAUGCCCCACUUCAUCAAAGCAUAGAUCAAAUAGGAAAAAAUUGUUAGUUCUAUUUCUUAUGCUGGGAAUUGCACUUGUAUUUAUUCCUAUUGCCCUUAUGCUCGUAUGGAUAAGGUAUAGAGGAGGUAAAAGAGCACCUCAACAAGCCGAUUCAUUGUCUACCGCAACAAGAGGAAGGAUUUCAUACUAUGAAUUGCUCGAAGCAACCGAUGCGCUUAGUGAGAGUAAUCUGAUUGGUUCUGGGAGUUUUGGAGGUGUCUACAAAGGAAUUCUCAGAAGUGGGACUACUAUUGCAGUUAAAGUGUUCAAUCAGCAAUUGGAAGUGUCAUUCAAGUGUUUUGAUACAGAAUGUGAAAUUUUGCGCAGCAUUCGCCAUAGGAAUCUAGUAAAAGUCAUCACUAGUUGUUCCAAUCUUGAUUUUAAGGCUUUGGUGCUCGAGCAUAUGCCUAAUGGGAGUCUUGAGAAGUGUUUGUAUUCACACAACUACUUCUUAGACAUCUUGCAGAGACUAAGCAUAAUGAUAGAUGUGGCAUGUGCAUUGGAAUAUCUCCACCAUGGGUGCACACUGCCCGUGAUUCAUUGUGAUUUGAAGCCUAGUAAUGUCUUGCUGGAUGAGGAUAUGGUUGCGCACCUAACCGACUUUGGUAUUUCAAAACUGCUUGGUAAAGAUGUGAGUGAUUUAUACACUAAAACGUUAGCAACAUUUGGUUAUAUUGCACCGGAGUAUGGGCUGGAUGGAUUGGUGUCAACAAAAUGUGAUGUCUAUAGUUACGGGAUCAUGUUGAUGGAAACAUUUACAAAGAGAAAGCCUAAUGAUGAAAUGUUCGAGGGAGAUCUUAGCUUGAAGCAAUGGGUGAGUAAUUCAUUUCCGGAGGCAGUAAUGGAUGUUGUAGAUGCUAACUUGGUAACACCAAAUGAUAAUUGCUUGAAGUUAGAUUGUGUGACAUUGAUCAUGAAAGUGGCAUUAGAUUGUUGUGAUGAAUCUCCAGCAACAAGGACAAACAUGAAAGAUGUUGUGGGGAUGUUACAAAAGAUCAGGAUUCAACUUCUCGCAUGUUGAAAUUUUCUUGGAAACUCUUGUUCCAAAUUACUUGUUUAAUUGCAAAUGUUUGUUAAAUUAUCGUAUUGACGUGAAGAAUGUAUUUUAUUUUAGCACUUUUGAAAUCCUAAUUAC